AGUUGAAAGUUGAUAGGAGAACCACGUGGUUGGAAGAUACGCGCGAAAGAGUAUCUCAAAAACAAAUGUGACAGAGUUCUGAGCUUGCUAGCUAGGAAGUUAAAGUCAAUAACAUGUUCGCGUGUUAUUAAAGUAAAAUUGCUAGGCUAUUCAUUUCUGGACAGAGUGAACAAGCUUGUGUUACACGAAUACCUUGUUUGUUGCAUUUUUUUUCCCGGGACAUGAUAGCUAGCUGGCUAGAUUAUUUUGCUAACGUUAAUUCCAUUGUAACGUGCUAGCUAUUUUACAGUUCAAGACGACUGUUUUCUCCUAUUUAGGGGAGAAAGAGCGAAGGCUGCCUCGAAAUUGCAACAAUUGUAUUUAGUUCGUUUUGUUAAAAUACGCGUAAGUUAGCUAACAAACAAAGUAAUGGCAGAAAGACCCGAGGACCUCAAUCUUCCCAAUGCUGUCAUCACGCGCAUCAUCAAGGAGGCGCUACCAGAUGGGGUGAACGUGUCAAAAGAAGCCAGGCGAGCCAUAUCUCAAGCUGCCAGUGUAUUCGUCCUCUAUGCAACAUCUUGUGCAAACAACUUUGCCAUGAAAGCCAAACGGAAAACUCUAAACGCAACAGAUGUGAUGUCUGCGAUGGAGGAGAUGGAGUUUGAACGCUUCUUGCAGCCUCUACGUGAAUCUUUGGAGGCUUACAAGAAGGGCCAGAAGGGGAAGAAAGAGGCAUCGGAACAAAAACGCAAAGAUGCAAAGGAGAAAAAGAAUGAUGUGGAGGAGAAUGACAAGAGCAGGGAGGAGGAAGAGGAGGAGGAAGAGCGCAUGGAGGAAGACCAGGAAGCAGAGAAUGAGGUCGAAGAGGAAGAAGUUGAGAAUUGAUAACUGACUGUUAUUCUUCAUGUAGUAGAGCACUGAUCAGAACACAGAUGUGAAGUCAGCGGCCCUGUUUGAGUACUUGGAAAAGGCACACUAAUAUGUAAAUAUAAUAGUCUCUUGGUUUGACCAUUUUAAACACAUAAACAUGUUACAUCCAGCAACAGAUACUCUUCUACACAGCAUUCAGAUUCAGUUGUCAGAUCAGUGAUUUUAUUUAGAUGAAGGGUGCUUUUUCAAGGUAAACAAAUAGUGUGAUGUAAUAGUUCUAUUCUGUUGUCUUCCAGCAACUGGCUCACUCUGAAUAAAGGGAGCAGAAUUUAGACC